AACAUUAAAACUGAGAUGGAAGAUGGAUCAUUUCAAGUGGGAGCGCUUCGGAGGGAGGCUGAGCAGCUGCUCUGUGUCCCGUGGUGCUGCAGAGCAGCCUCCUUCCAGAAGAGUCUGCUGUGUGCAGUUAAAGUGCAGGGGUGGUCUCAGAGCUCUGAGCACCCCCUGAGCCCUGCUGUUGGUUCUGUUCAGCUGCAGAAUGAAGAGGAGCCGGGCGAGGCCGUGCCCGUGGUGAACGACGCCCCUCCGCCCUACAGCAGCAUUUCUGCAGAGAGCACAGCUUACUUUGACUACAAGGAUGAGUCGGGGUUCCCGAAGCCGCCGUCCUACAACGUGGCCACCACCCUGCCCAGCUACGACGAGGCCGAGAGGACCAAGGCUGAGGCCACCAUUCCCCUGGUUCCUGGCAGGGAUGAUGACUUUGUGACACGGGAUGACUUUGAUGACACUGACCAGCUGAGGAUAGGAAAUGAUGGCAUUUUCAUGCUGACUUUCUUCAUGGCAUUCCUCUUCAACUGGAUUGGAUUUUUCCUGUCUUUCUGCCUGACUACUUCAGCUGCAGGACGAUAUGGGGCCAUUUCUGGCUUUGGUCUGUCUCUUAUUAAGUGGAUCCUUAUUGUCAGGUUCUCCACCUAUUUUCCUGGUUACUUUGAUGGCCAGUAUUGGCUUUGGUGGGUCUUCCUUGUACUAGGUUUUCUGCUGUUUCUCAGAGGAUUUAUUAAUUAUGCAAAGGUUAGGAAGAUGCCAGAUACGUUUUCCACUCUUCCCAGAACCAGAGUUCUCUUUAUUUACUGAAGGAGCUGUAAUGUCCUCCCAGAUUCCUGCUGAGUCACCAGAGGCUUCAUUUCCCCCAGUUUAUGGUCACGGGAUGUGGGCAUUUCAAGUCAGCUUUAUCUCUGUAUUUUGUCUGACUGAACAAUUAAAAAAAAUUUUGCUCCUUUAUCAAAACUUUAUUUUUUAUUUCCUAAAGGAACUCUGUGGUUUCUUUUUGCAUAGACUUUUCCUAUGUUUGAAAUUUGAAAUUACAGUUUUAAAGACCUGGCUUCACUCCUUGCUUGUGGAGGUGGAGUGUUUAAAAUCUUAUUUAUGUUUCAUUUUAAAGCAUUAUCAAAAAGCACUUUCAGAUAUGCUGAUAUAACUGUCGAGAAUAGUUCAUAAAUAUUUCAACUGUGAUACUUCCCCUGAAAAUAAAUCUGUAAUCCUGAAUUCUGA